AUGUGCGAUGCAAGUGAUCAUGCUAUUGGGGUAGUUCUGGGCCAGAGGAAGGACAAACUUUUUCGUAGCAUAUAUGACGCCAGUAAAACUCUAAAUGAAGCUCAGGUAAACUACACAGUCACUGAAAAGGAGCUAUUGGCUGUAGUAUAUGCUUGUGAAAAAAUCAACAUUUUAGGAUCAAAAGUUACUGACCAUGCAGCUCUCAAGUACCUCUUCUCAAAAAAGGAAGCAAAACCAAUAUUGAUAAGAUGGGUCCUACUGCUACAAGAGUUCAAUCUGGAGAUCAAAGAAAGAAAGGGAUGUGAAAAUCAAAUUGCAGAUCAUCUGUCCAGAUUGGAACAUAUUGAAGUGGGGCUACCAAUCAAGGAAACGUUCCCUGACGAACAAUUGUUUGUCAUUAAUCAUAUAGAGACAGAUGGUCCUUGGUUUGCUGAUAUAGCCAACUUCCUUGCAGCAGGGCAGGAACCUUAUGAGGCGAAUAAAAUGCAGAAGAAGAAAUUUUUUCACGAUUGCAGGAACUACCUCUGGGACGAACCACUACUGUUCAAAAGAUGCGCAGACCAAAUGAUAAGAAGGUGCAUCCCAGAAGAAGAACAACCUCAAAUCCUUCAACACUGCCAUUCGUCCCCAUAUGGAGGACAUCUAGGUGGAAUCAGGACUGCCUCCAAGGUUUGCCUAGAGAGCUUGGCACUUGAGAGUGUACUGGAGCAUACGUAUUGGACUGUUGGAGUUGGGCUGUUGAUAAGCUCAGUGAGGAAGUGUGCUAAGGGGAUUAAAGGAUCCUCUAUGAACCUUGAGCUUACUGAGAUGUUGUUAUCUCAACCCAUUUGGGACAACAUUUCAGCUACCUAG